AGGCCAGCGCGGGAGGACUGAACUGGAGCUGGCGAAGGCCCCGGCCGAAGCUCGGGGUAACUUAACGACUGAAGCUCAUUGUAACCGUACCAGGUUCGACUUUCAACUGACCGAACCUUGAAACAUCACCGACCUCCAAAUUGAAGUCUAACGAAUUCGCAUCGGCAACCACAUCAACAAACCGCUCCCGGCAUAUUGUUAUUGUGUCUUGCAUAUAGUGUUGAUCGUAAUCCUACCGCCAAAAUGUCGCAAGUCCACGCCCUGUCCGACGACCAGGUCGGGCAGGAGCUCCGCAAGAUGACGGCGUUCAUCAAGCAGGAGGCCAUGGAGAAGGCGCGCGAGAUCGAGAUCAAGGCCAACGAGGAAUUCGCCAUCGAAAAGUCCAAGCUGGUGCGCCAGGAGACCGACACCAUCGACAGCCAGUACGAGAAGAAGUUCAAGCAGGCCACCAUGUCUCAGCAGAUCACCCGGUCGACUGUCGCCAACAAGACACGUCUCAAGGUCCUCGGCGCACGCCAGGAGCUGCUGGACGACAUCUUUGAUGCCGCGCAGAAGCGCCUGGCCGAGGGCACCAAGGACAAGAAAAAGUACCAAGAGAUCCUGAAGAACCUGCUCCUCGAGGGCUUCUACGCCCUGCACGAGCCGCAGAUGCAGGUUCGCGCCCGCAAGGCCGAUUAUGACAUUGUCAAGAGCGCAAUUGAUGCCGCCGCCAAGGAAUAUAAGCAGAAGGUCGGCUCGGAGAUCAAGGUGACGAUCGACGAGAGCAACCCCAUUGCUGAUGGAAGCACUGGCGGUGUUGCUAUUCUGGCCGGUGGUGGCAAGAUUGAGAUUGACAACACAUUCGAGGCAAGAUUGUCCAUUCUCAACACCAGUGCACUGCCUGCGAUGAGGGAGGCUUUGUUUGGAAAGAACCCGAACCGCAAGUUCCACGACUAAGAGCGAGAUUAUUCCAACAUAUAUCAUAUUCCUCCAGCAUAACAUCACCUCAUAUUGACUUCUGCCCGACAAUUUUCUUGCAUUACGGGGCGCUUGCCUAGUCUUUGUCUGUAUGAUACAGUACCUCGUGGGGGCCUAGCACCUUUCGAGGCCUGCUGCAAACGAGAUCAUCCCAUUUCAGUCUUGGUAUCCGUCAUCACGUGAAUUGUGUCUUCCCGUUUCACGAUCGCCCCUAAUCUUGCGCUGAACAUUUUCCUAAUGUCUUGUCCAACAGGCUCUUCCUCCUCUGUACUGUAGAUGUUUGACUUGGGUGGACGUCUUGUGCGUACAGUGUACUUGAGCCU